AUGGGCAGUGAGAAUUCAAGGCCUCAGAGGCGGAAUACGGAUAAUGACGGAACACAGAUGCAAUACCGCACGAACCGUGGCCCCGUGCCCAUGCACAUGGUGCCGCAGCAGAUCCGCCACGCCCCGGGGGUAAACGCCGCAACGCCAUCGGGCUACCCACACGGCUACCGAAACAACGAGGGGCCGGCCGGCGCCCGACGUCAAAACUUUGAUAACUUCGUCACCGGGCCGGGUCGAGCCCAUGGGCCGCCCGGUCAGCUGUACGAGUACCCCAUCCCCACGCCGGGGCAGCCGCACCACUUCCGAUACGAACAGAGACCUGCCCGGGCGCAGCAGGUGGAGCGCCGGCUCCACCCGAACGAGCGGGCUAACAUGAUGGGCCCUGUCCACGCGAGAGCCCUGAACGACGUAGGCCAGACGCGCGCCGUCGUGCGCACGACGAACCACGGCGGAUGGCGGCAGAACGUCGUCGUCGGCGUCAUGGACCAUCCGCCGGGGAACAUGCGAGGUUUCCAGAGGGCGCCCAUCGAGCCCAUCAACCGCCAGGGACGACAGGAGGCGACCCGGCACCUCGACAACCAGCUAAGCCGCAUUCGGAGCUACCCGCCUCGCGGCAUCGAUGCCGAGAGGGUGGGCAAUAUUGAGCGGAACUACCAAAGGGAAAGACGGCCGGCUCACCCACACUAUAGGGCAUAG